AGUACCCUUUUUGCCCACUCUCCUUCUCUAAUGGAAACCAAAAAUUUCUGAACUUUCUGUAACAAAUACUUUAUCUGCCCAUUUCUUGUAUUGGGCAAACAAAAAUAAAGAAGAUAUCUUUUUUAUUCUUGUAUUUGCAGAAAGAUCAAAUCUUUAGAAAAAUGGAGCGUGCAAGGAAGAUUGCUAGCAGGGCACUGUUGAAGCGGUUGCAACAUCACAACCGCCCCAACAACAACAAUGGUGGGAAGAAAAUCUUUGAUUCUCUCUCCUCAAAUUCAAGGUAUGUUUCAACAAUGGCUUCUUCUUCUAGAUUUUCCUGGAAAAAUGAGUCAGGAAAUAAUGUGGGUUUUGGAAAAACACCCCAAAAUCGAUCCAUUUCUGUUGAUGCAUUGAAACCAAGUGAUACUUUUGCUAGGAGACAUAACUCUAUAAACCCAGAAGAAGAAAUAAAAAUGGCACAGUAUUGUGGGUUUGAUAAUACUAAUGCACUUAUUGAUGCAACUGUGCCUAAAUCAAUAAGGAUCCAAUCUAUGAAGUUUUCUAAAUUUGAUGAGGGAUUAACUGAGGCUCAAAUGAUUGAACAUAUGAAGAAUUUGGCUUCAAAAAAUAAGAUUUUUAAGUCAUUCAUUGGGAUGGGUUACUAUGAUACUUAUGUACCACCUGUAAUUUUGAGGAAUAUAAUGGAAAAUCCUGCUUGGUAUACUCAAUACACACCUUACCAAGCUGAGAUAUCUCAGGGUCGUUUAGAAUCUUUGUUGAAUUAUCAAACUAUGAUUACUGAUCUUACUGGUUUGCCCAUGUCGAAUGCAUCUUUACUUGAUGAGGGAACUGCUGCUGCUGAGGCAAUGGCUAUGUGUAACAAUAUACUAAAAGGGAAGAGGAAAACUUUUAUUAUAGCCAAUAACUGUCAUCCACAAACCAUUGAUAUCUGUAAGACUAGGGCUGAUGGUUUCGAUCUUAAGGUUGUGACAGCGGAUCUUAAGGACAUCGAUUACUCGUCAGGUGAUGUUUGUGGUGUUCUGGUUCAGUAUCCUGGUACUGAGGGAGAAGUUUUGGACUAUGGAGAGUUCAUAAAGAAGGCACAUGCUAGUGGUGUUAAGGUGGUUAUGGCAACUGAUCUUUUGGCAUUGACAGUGUUGAAGCCGCCUGGUGAGUUGGGAGCUGAUAUUGUUGUUGGGUCAGCUCAGAGAUUUGGGGUGCCUAUGGGUUAUGGAGGUCCUCAUGCUGCUUUCUUGGCCACUUCUCAAGAGUACAAGAGGUUGAUGCCAGGAAGAGUUAUCGGUGUUAGUGUUGAUUCUUCUGGCAAAUCUGCUCUUCGUAUGGCAAUGCAGACAAGGGAACAACAUAUUAGAAGAGACAAGGCUACUAGCAACAUCUGCACUGCUCAGGCUUUGCUGGCCAACAUGGCUGCUAUGUAUUGUGUGUAUCAUGGACCUGAAGGUCUUAAAGCCAUUGGUCAAAGGGUGCAUGGUCUAGCUGGCACAUUGGCAGCUGGCCUGAAAAAGCUUGGGACAGUGGAAGUUCAGGGGCUGCCUUUCUUCGACACUGUCAAGAUCAAGUGUGCUGAUUCUCAAGCAAUUGCUAAUGAAGCUAGAAAGCAUGAAAUGAACUUGCGUAUUGUGGACAAGAACACUGUCACUGUUUCUUUCGACGAGACAACAACAUUGGAAGAUGUUGAUAAGCUUUUCAAAGUUUUUGCUGGUGGCAAGGCUGUACCAUUUACUGCUGCAUCUAUUGCUCCAGAAGUUGAAAAUGCCAUCCCUGCUUCCCUUGUGAGGGAGAGCCCAUAUUUGACUCACCAGAUUUUUAACUCAUACCACACGGAGCAUGAGCUGCUGAGAUACCUUUACAAAUUACAGUCAAAGGAUCUUUCACUGUGCCACAGUAUGAUUCCACUGGGAUCUUGUACAAUGAAGUUGAAUGCCACAACUGAAAUGAUGCCAGUUACAUGGCCUGAAUUCGCAAGUAUUCAUCCUUUCGCCCCAGUCGAACAGACUCAGGGUUAUCAGGAAAUGUUUGAAAACUUGGGUGAUUUGUUGUGUACCAUUACUGGAUUCGACUCUUUCUCUUUGCAACCCAAUGCUGGUGCAGCUGGGGAGUAUGCUGGGUUGAUGGUUAUUCGAGCUUACCAUUUGUCACGAGGAGAUCAUCAUCGUAAUGUGUGCAUCAUUCCUGUCUCGGCUCAUGGAACCAAUCCCGCAAGUGCCGCAAUGUGUGGUAUGAAAAUUGUCUCUGUUGGAACUGAUGCCAAGGGUAAUAUCAAUAUUGAGGAAGUGAGAAAGGCUGCUGAAGCACACAAGGACAACUUGUCUGCCCUUAUGGUUACGUAUCCUUCAACUCAUGGUGUCUAUGAAGAAGGAAUUGAUGAGAUCUGCAAGAUUAUUCACGACAAUGGAGGUCAAGUAUACAUGGAUGGUGCCAACAUGAAUGCACAGGUUGGUCUCACAAGUCCAGGAUUCAUUGGAGCAGAUGUUUGUCAUCUCAACCUGCACAAAACGUUUUGCAUUCCGCAUGGUGGAGGUGGUCCUGGUAUGGGUCCCAUUGGUGUGAAGAAACACUUGGCACCAUUUUUGCCAUCACACCCUGUGGUGUCAACUGGUGGAAUUCCUGCCCCGGAGAACUUAGAGCCCUUAGGUACCAUUUCUGCAGCACCUUGGGGAUCUGCUCUAAUUUUACCAAUUUCAUACACGUAUAUUGCUAUGAUGGGCUCAAACGGCCUAACUGAAGCAUCUAAGCAAGCUAUCCUGAAUGCAAACUACAUGGCUAAGCGUUUGGAGGAUCAUUAUCCAGUCCUUUUCCGUGGUGUCAAUGGAACAUGUGCUCACGAAUUUAUUAUUGAUUUAAGAGGCUUCAAGAACACUGCUGGCAUCGAGGCUGAGGAUGUUGCUAAACGUCUUAUGGACUAUGGAUUCCAUGGCCCAACCAUGUCAUGGCCGGUUCCUGGCACUCUCAUGAUUGAACCCACUGAAAGUGAAAGCAAGGCGGAGAUGGACAGGUUUUGUGAUGCACUAAUUUCGAUUAGAGAGGAAAUUGCUGAGAUUGAGAAUGGGAAAGCUGAUGCCAACAACAAUGUCCUCAAGGGAGCACCACAUCCACCCUCUAUGCUCAUGGCAGACUCAUGGAACAAGCCAUACUCCCGGGAAUAUGCUGCUUACCCUGCUGACUGGCUUCGUGCUGCAAAGUUCUGGCCUACUACUGCGCGUGUGGACAACGUUUAUGGUGAUCGAAACUUGAUCUGCACCCUUCUCCCAGCAAAUCACUAUGAAGAAGAGAAGGCUGCUGCUGCUUAAACCCUUUGAGCCUUUUGGCUUAGUUGCCAAAAAUUUCUUUCUUACAUAGUCCUGCUGUAUAUAUAAUACAUUCUCUCAUUGGGAUUAGCCCUAUGGGCAUUUUCAUAUGUUCACUUCUAAAGGGAUACAUUCUCUUCCUCUCCCUCCCUUUCCCCCCCUAAAAAGAAAAAGUAACAAAAAAAGGAAUGUCAUUUAUAUAUUUCUUCUUUCUAGUUCAGCAACCUUCUUUCAGUUUUCACUUUAGCUUUCUCUCAAAGAUCAGAACUUUGUGUAAUAAUAUUCAUGAAUGAAAUUGGAGAAAGAAAUGGAAAACUGAAAAUGGAAGAAUUUACUUCUGUCAA